CGUCUAUGCAUUUGAGACCCCCAGUAAAGUUUAAUUGUUAUUUUGGUGUUGUUAAAUGCAUAAAUAUUUCCUGCGUUUCACUCCAUAGUGAUAUCCGUAAAAUAAUUUUGCGAAUAACGAAAACUGCUGUUUCGAGCAACGAUCGAAGAGUUCCCUAGUCUCCUAGAGCAAAUAGUCUUCUUGAAGCCAGAUAUGGACAAAAUCCAGACUCUGAAGACAUGCGGAUCCAGAGACCACUUUCUUCGUAGACCCGAGUUCUGGCGUGGAGGAGUCAUUCGUCUUUCUCGGAGGCGUUUUGGAGACUGACCACGGUCGGAUCUCGGCUCUCCGCAGAUGCGAUCUACCACUUCAUGGACUGCGACGGCAGCAAAGACGGACCGCCGCAGCCCUACCCGGACCUCUCUCAGAUAGCCGACUUUUCCACGGCGGCCGAGGCAGCGCCGCAAGACGAGCCCGCCCAGCCGCGCGUGCGAAAAUUCUACCCAGGCGUGCUCGAUUCCAAGUACAUGCAGGCGGUGGUGCGCGGCGGCCGGGAGGGCCUGCUCCAGUUCCGCGAGAACCCGCAGCGCAGCCACCCGGUGCCGUACCCGUGGCCAGAGUGGUUUGAUCACGAGACUGGUUCUCCGGCAGGUAAGAAGCGCCACGGCCAGCGCGGCUACCCGGAGGGCUGCACCAGCCAGCGGCCGGCCGCCGUGCCGGGCUGCGGCGGCUCCGUCAGCGGCAGAGGCGGAGGAAACCGGCCCGUGCCGUCCAUGUACGACCCGCCUCCGUGCGCGGCCGCCGUCGCCGCCGCCAACGCAGCAGCCUCGGCCGCUGAGGUGCACCACUGCCAGCCGGUGGUGGUGGCCUGUCCGAUACCGGCACAGCCGCACCACCAGCAGCAGCACCAGCCGCACCAGCACCAGCCGCAGCAGCCGCCACCGUUCGUGCGCGCCGCCAACACGGAACACUGCAUUCCGUGCAGCGCGGCGCCCGAGGUGUGGGCCGACCCCAGCGACCCGCGAGCCGACUGCACCCCGCACCGUCCGCCGCCGCCGCAGCACCACGCGCCGCACCACCAGCGACCGCGGCCACAGCCCGCCAGCACCGACAGGAACUUCGUGCCCUCCUACCUGCACGAGCCGGAGAACAUGGCGAAGAUAAUCGCUCACGACUACCAGCGUCAGUGGGUGGACGAGCGGGACUCGUGGGAGGAAUCGCACGCCACCUCCAACGACAACCAGCGCAUGCGCAUGCAGAACCGCUGCAGCCACCAGGAGCGCAAGUUUGUGGAGCACCAAAAAUGCGCCCGUGACACGAAGGCGAAGGUGGCCGAGGGUCAGCUUCCGGACUGCCGGAAAAAGUCGACCACGAAGCGGCCGUGGUACCCUCCCGGGAAGGUGUGCGUCGUACGCAGACGCUGCGGCUGCUGACAGGGACACGGCGGUCCACAGCGAGAUAUCAGCCGACAAAUCAGCAGUGACGUUUCUCAGUGAGCCAUAGAGUCAGGAGUAAAUUCAUGUGGCGUCAAGUGCGUAAUACAUCUGGACCAGAAAACA